AUGGCGACCGCACCCGCACUCUACCCAAGCCUGGCCAACAAAACCGUCGUGAUCACCGGCGGCGCAGAAGGCAUCGGCGCCGCAACGGUCGAGCUCUUCGCGCUCCAAGGCAGCAAAGUGAUCUUCCUCGACAUCGCAGACGACGCAGCACAAACCACCAUAGCCCGCGUCGUCUCGCGAACCGAAGAAGCCGCAGCGCGUGGUGGACCUGCAAUAACACCACCCAUCUUCUACCACUGCGACGUGUCGAAUCUCCCGACGCUCCAAGAAACAGCAUCUAGGAUCUUAAGCGAGCACGGACCCGUCCAUGUGCUCAUCAACAACGCCGCGGCAACAGGGAGCGCUGCGCGGAUGGACACAGCGGGUGUUACAGCUGAAUCCUGGGAAACUAAUAUAAACACGAACCUACGGCAUGUCUUCUUCCUCACACAGGCCGUUUUACCCGGUAUGAAAGAAGCCGGCUCCGGGGCCAUCGUGAACCUCGGCUCGAUAUCGUGGCGGAUUCCGGCGGCGGGACAGCCCGUGUACGCGGCGUGCAAGGCGGCGAUUAUGGGGCUGACGCGCGUGCAGAGUAAGGAAGUUGGUGGUGCGGGGAUUCGCAUUAAUAGUGUUAUGCCCGGGGCGAUUGCGACGGAGAGGCAGAGGCGCGAGGUGUUGACGGAGGAAUACCGGGAGGAGGUGAUGAGGGGCCAGAGUUUGAAGAGGGAUUUGGUGCCGAUGGAUGUGGCGAGGGUGGUUGUUUUCCUGGCGAGUGAGGAGGCGGGGGCUAUCACGGGCAGCUCGGUUGUUGUUGAUGGGGGGUGGGUGAGUGAUCCUUGA